AAUGAUUACCAUCACCUAUCAUUACAAUCGAUCAUCAUUAUAACAAUCAUCGCAUUCGUAUCGUAAUCAAACCGAAACACAUCACCCAAGAUGGGUAUGACCCAUUUGGAAUACCUUGCUUCAAGUAGGAUAUUUGGAUGCAAGAAGUGCAGAACGCAUUUAUCAACGAUUGAGUCUUUGAUAAGCAGGAAUUUCACUGGACAAACAGGACGUGCGUUUCUAUUCGAUGCCGUCGUCAACAUCAAACUUGGUGAUGCAGAAGAUCGACAUAUGACAACAGGAUUACAUACCGUUCGCGAUAUCCGAUGUGGAAAAUGCGCACAUACACUAGGAUGGAAGUAUGACAAAGCAUACGUCACUUCGGAAAAGUACAAAGAAGGUAAAUACAUUCUAGAACGCAAUUUGAUGGAUGAUGUCGAUUAAGAACCUUUUAGCAGCAACACAAAGCAAUUUUCUCAUUUAAAACCUAG